GAAAACACAGUUUCAAUUUCCAAUCGAUCAACAAACAUCAGUCAGUCAAAAUGUUCGCCAAAAUUAUCUUCCUCUGCGUCGUGGCCUUUGCUUGCGUUUCGGCAAAGCCUCAGUUCCCACUGGCCUACUCGGCCCCACUGGUAGCUAGUCCUUCGGUGUCCUUCUCUUCUCCCUAUGCCGCCGCAUACACAGCUCCAGUUGCUGCAGCCUAUACCGCCGCUUCCGCUCCACUAACGGCUGCCUAUACCAGCUAUCCGUAUCCGUAUGCAGCCUAUAACUCGGUUUUCCUGUAAAAAUAUUUGCUACCUGGCACGAACUGAUGGAUAGAACGGUUUACUUUUGAAUAAUAAAGAAUUUGUUUAACGAA